AUCUGCUCCCUGUGCCGCAGAGGCCAGACCCGGGGCUGUGAGCGGAGGGCUGUGAUUGGUUAGAAAAGCAAGCAGAGCCCCGCCAGAUUGGUCCCCUGUUACGUCACCACAUUCUGAAGACCCGCCCACCAACCGCGGGGCUCCAUCCUGGGGGAAACUGCUGCCGACAGUGCCCCGAGCCCCUGGCAACGGGAAAGAGUGCGGAGUCAGCCCACGGUGGAGAGAGCACCUGAGCCUGAGGAUGAGCAGGUUCUCGAGAUGGAUGGACACCCCACCCUCUGAAGAGCCCUUAGAUACGCAAAACAAAACCCUGGAAAACCAGGAAGAGGAGAUGGGGUUUAAGGAAAUGGAUGGCCUGAGGGAAGCCUUGGCCAACCUCCGGGGACUGUCCGAGGAGGAGAAGAGCGAGAAGGCGAUGCUUCGCUCCCGCAUCCACGAGCAGUCCCAGCUCAUCUGCAUCCUGAAGCGGAGGUCCGACGAGGCCCUGGAGCGCUGCCAGAUCCUGGAGAUGCUCAACACCGAGCUGGAGGAGAAGGGGGUGCUGGAGGCCGAGAAGCUGAAGGCCAAGAGCGAGCAUGCCCGGAAGCUGGAGGACCGCUUCAUGACCCUGGCGGCCAACCACGAGGAGAUGAUCCGCUUCAAGGACCAAUACAAGAGCGAGAACGUCAAGCUGAGAGAGGAGAACGAGAGGCUGAGGCUGGAGAACAACAGCCUCUUCAGCCAGGCUCUGAAGGACCACGAGGCCAAAGUCCUGCAGCUCACAGCCGAGAGCGAGGCCCUGGCCCAGGAGCUGGAGACUCUGAAGCAGAGGUGUGCCCAGGAUGCCUGCCGGGCACAGGCCCGGGAGAAGGAGCUGCUGGAGCUGCAGAGCCAGCAGGCCAGCGCCCACACCGCGGAGACAGAGCAGCUGCGCAGCCAGCUGCAGAGCCUCCAGCAGCAGCACCAGCAGGCCGUGGAGCAGAUGGCGAAGGCCGAGCAGGCGCACGGCAGCCUGAGCCAGGAGCUGCAGGCCAGGCUGCAGAUGGUCACGCGGGAGAAGGAGGAGCUGCUCCAGCUCUCCAUGGACAGGGGCAAGGUGCUUCAGAGCAAGCAAGCGGACAUCCGCCAGCUGGAGGAGAAGCUGGAGGCCGCAGAGGUGGCCAGGCGACAAGCGCUAGAGCGGUUUGAGCAAGAGGCGGUGGCUGUGGACAGCAACUUGAGAGUCCGGGAGCUCCAGCGCAGGAUAGCUGGGAUCCAGAAGGCCUACGAGGAGCUCAGGCUGCAGUCAGAAGCCUUCAAAAAGCACAGCCUGGAUCUUUUAAGCAAGGAGAAAGAACUCAAUGCCAAACUCCGCCAUCUCUUUCCAUAAGGAAGCUUCGGCUUCCUCCCACCUCCAGUGUAGAAUUCAACAGAGUCAAGAUGUUUUUCAACUUGUUCUAUUUUUUAAGCACAAAAGGCAACUCAAAGAAAAGCUACUUUUACUAUGAUAUUAUUAACUUUGUAAGACUAACACUACUUUUCAUUCCUGCCACUUAGAAUACACGAUUUACCAGAUUUUGUCUUACUCCUUUAAAAUCUUCCUAAGUUUGCUAUUAGUAUCUCUAGCUCUCCCAUAAUACAUAUUUAUUCUCAACCUUAGCUAUCUUCAUAUAGCCAAAGAUUUUAAAUUAGCAGCUCCUAUAGAUUUCAGUGACUCUAUAAUGGACAAUCUGAUGUGCUGGUUGUGAAAAGAAUUAGUAUAAUUAGCCCUUAUAGAUAAUAGGUUUGCAAACUAUAGGGUUUUCAGCCUCCCAUAGUUGAGACUGUAAGCUAUAACAGCUAAUAGCAUACGAAGAGCAUGGACAACUUGCAGAAAAAAAGUGUCUGAUUUUGUAACAGGCCAAGCAAUUGCUUGCUUCACCAACUUUACAGCAGUAUCCUUUUUAUUUUAUUUGCCCUAGCUUGGAAGACAAAGAUUGAGACCAUUAAGCAAACUUUAUUAUAACCAGGCUGUAUGAGCAAUAAGAUUCAAAUAAGAAAGUGGUCCUGGCUGGUGGCACACUUGCUUAGGGCAUCACUCCAUGUGGGUUUGGUUCUCAGUCAGGAUAAUUUAGGUAAUAACAUACUUAAAUUUCAAUUUCAAUCCUUGGUCAGGGUGGGACUCGGACAGGAGGCAAUCGACUGAUGUUCCUCCACCCUCACCCCCCUUCCCUUCCUCUCUAAAAAUUAAUAAACAUCCUCAGAUGAGAAUUAAAAAAAAAAAGAAUUCAAAUAAGUGUAAUCAACCCGCUUUGAUUUUUCCUACAAGCUUAGAUCACAUUCCAUUUUUUUUGCAGGGGGGCGGCGGGGGGUUCUUUCUCCUUAAUAAAAACAGGAUUUAGAGGUACAAGAAUGCAAAUAGCAGCAAAUUCAUUUAAUAUUGUACAAUAUACUAAUAGACAAAAGUCCUGAAUUUGGGGAAACAAGUGAUAGCAGAUUAGAUAUGAUACAUAUAGCAACUUAAUAAUUGUUUUGUUUUUACUGGCAUGUUUUGCAAUUACCUUUUCCUUUUUUUAAAACAUCUAAACUGAAUAUCUAUAGGUAUACCUACAGCCUUGUUAUAGGAAUAGCUAAGUAUGUAGUAAUAAAAACAAAUACAGUUAUAAUUAUAUGAAGUUCUUAAAGAGGUAGUUAUAAAAAAUACACUUUAUGCUUCCUUAUUUCCCCGUUCUUAGUUGAUAAGCAUUAUUGUGAAAACCUCUCAAAACAGAUUGUAAUAUAGUACUUUCUCACACAUUUUGUGUCAAG